CCUAUAAAGGUCUGUGUUUAUAUGUCAAAAUGUCAAUUGUCAACAAAUCCAAACGAGAAAAAUAAAUUAAAAAAUGCUUUUGGUAUUUUCGUACGCAAUACGUUUUAAUUUUCAGUUGCAGUAGUUUUUGUAUGUAAUCUGUUUUCGAUUAUUUAGUUUCCUACUCAAUAAUUACAAUAUGGAAUUACUUGCAAUUUUCGAUCAUAGUACAUGUAUAUUUUCAAUAUUAGCCUGUAUUUUACUCACAAUUUCAUAUGUUGCCAGUUUAUAUAUUUGGAGGACAAAUUUAAGCAGAGAUCAUCCAUCUACAAUUAAGAGAAGGUUCUUUAGUGUAUCUUGUAUGAUGUUACUUGCGCCAUUUUUCAUGAAAUACUUCCUUACCAAGGAAACUCUAAGUAAAGGAGAACUGUUGGAACAUUUGGGCUUAAGAACUUCAGGAUGGAUACAGGCAACACUGUUACCUCUAUUUUUAACUGCUAUUUUAUUUUUGGGACCAUUGACAAUGCAAUUUUUGUCUGGAAUUUGGAAGCUGUACACUAAACCACUAUACUGGCUUGCCAGUUGGCAGGAUUUGGUCUGGCUGAGAAAUCAUAUUAUGGCUCCAUUGAGCGAGGAGUGGGUAUUUCGAGCUUGCAUGAUGCCUUUACUACUCCAAUGUCUCAAGGCUGAAGUGGCAAUAUUUACUGGACCAUUACUUUUUGGAACUGCUCACUUUCAUCACAUGUUUGAACAAAUGAAGUCUGGUUAUGACUUUAAAACAGCUUUGAUGGUUUCAUCAUUCCAAUUCACGUAUACUAGUCUAUUUGGUGCUUACUCUGCAUAUCUCUUUUUAAGGACAGGACACUUUGUUGCUCCACUGGUCGCACACAUUUUCUGCAAUCAUAUGGGAUUUCCGAAUUUUGGAGAGAUACCUCAAUUUCAGCCCUUGCAGAGAAUUUUAAUUAUUUGCAAUUUCAUAAUCGGUUUUAUACUUUGGUGUUUGUUGUUGACACCUUUAACAACACCGGGAAUUUAUGACAACAGAUUAUAUUGGGAAACUUGAAUUUAAUGUUUUUUUUUUCUCUGUGACUUGUAUUAUUGUGUUUGUAUUAACUGUUAGUGUUGUGAAACGAAUGACUCACAAUGUCAGGAUAAAAGAAAGUUUCCUCUACCUCAAUAGUGGUAAAUUUGACAACUUUCACGCUGGAUAAAUCUUAGUAUUAUUGGCUACUUGUAGUAAUUGGAUAUGUGAUUUUAAAAUAAUACAGAGAAUAUCUAGUUUUAGUUUAUUAUUGUUUUUUGAUAGAAUAUUUUAUCAUCACGCAAUCUACAGUACUAAUAAAUAUUGAUAUGAUUCAGUGCCAAUUUUACCAGAUAGUUAAUACAUAAUAGUGCCAAUAAUUGUAUAGCUUACCCUAAUAUUGUUGGAAUGGGCUGUUUCCUGUCAAACUGAGUUGACGGAUAUAUCUGAAAACGAGUUACCUACCUACCCCAAUCGGGCUUGUAGGAAUGUUUUAAAUAUCAUAUCGAUCAGCGAUUCCAUUCAUUAUUAAUAAAAUAAUAUUAUUUCGUGAAGUACUAUGUUUCUUAAAUAGGUAAUGUGCCUGAUUGGUUUUUGUUUUUAUUAUAUUUUUAUAAACUAAUCACAAUGUAGAACGUUGUGCACUUAUAAUAUUUUGACACUUUAAAAGAUUAUUAAUUUUGAACUUGUAGGUUAAUUAAUAAAUUUUAAACUUAUAACUCUGAACUAAUAGUUGUAGAUUGAGUAUGUACUGAUGGCACUACAUUUUUCUAGUCAUACAUUCGUACAGGGUUAAAAUCUGGUUAGGUCAAUAACACCGAACCGCUACCAACAGAAUGGACACAAGUCGACUCUUUACGCUUAAAAUCCUGACACAUUAUAAAAUAAUGUUCACAUAUAAAUUUUUAAUUCCAAUGGAGUGCGUCAAAGUUAGUAUUGUAUGAUUAAAAUGUGCACGUUCAUAUUGUAAAUGUAACAAACAUUAAUUUAAUAAUUAGACAGUAUUAGAGAGUAAUUAAUGCGCUUAUUAAUUCUGAAGGAAUUGUGAGUCAAGGUUUGAGGUAGACCUAGAAUAUCGACAUGUAAUCUAUUAGUGUCGUGCCGUAACUUUUGCUUUGUAUUAUUUAAUUAGAGUGAUAUUUUAUGUGACAACCAAAUUUAUACGACGAUCAUCUUGAAUAAGUUUGUAUAUUAACAUUUUUGUAUACUGUGUCUGCCUGCGUGUUUGAGUACGAUAAUCUGCGCAAUGUAACAGCGGAAAUAAAUUCUUUUUUUUUAGUUUUUUAGUCGCAGAGCGAUGUUGAAAAAUAAAUGAUAUCAUGUUUUCAAUUAUAUCCGCCAUUAAAAUUUGUCGAACUUUGUUUUGUUGCUGUUUGAUUAAUUAUAAUAUUGUGCCAUUAAAUAGUUUUACGUUGAUUUAUAAUUUCAUACUUAUUUCGUAAUUAUUAUUUAAAACAGGAUUAGUAUGUACGUAAGAAACUGCAUCACUAGGUAGUCAAUUUUCUCUUAUUAAUUUAAAUAUUAUUCGUGUAUUUCGUAGUGUUAUAUAAUUACCAGAAUAUUUUUAUAGCUCUUUUUACAUAUGAGAUUUAGGGAUUUUUGAGAUAUUUUUUUUGUCAAUUUAAAAUGUUAUCUCGGCGCAAUCGUCACCUGUACCGUUAGCAACGUAAAUGUGUACUCUUAUUAAACAAUGCAUCUUUGUCGAUGUUCAAAUCCCGCAGGCAGGUACCAAUUUUCCUAAAGAAAUACCACGUGUUCUUGAACGACUUCAAUGAUGAAGAAAUAUUUCAAUAUUUACGUAAUUACUAUCGAUAGAGGAGCAUCUUAUGAACCAAGGCGGAUUAGCUGCCGCCAUCCUUCCUAUUUCUUGUAUUGUCUAGUUUGAAGACGGCCAGUCGGGACUUUAACUUUACUUUUAAGGUGGGUGGCGGCAUACAGAUGCUUAUCAUCUCUGUAACCGCUCAAUAUUAUUUAUUUUUAGGUAUUUUAUUUAGGUAGUGCGUGGUUACUGUCGCCCAUGGGCGUCAGCAAUGCCAGGGGCAGAGCCAACCGGCUGCCUACCGUAAAGUAUUCUGCAUAAGCCUCGUUUGAAGAAGGACAUGUCAAAUGGGCCGUGACCUUAUUUAGGUACACAUAUACAAUCAAAGAAAAUAUCUACGUUGUUUUGGAUUUUUUUAAUUAAUCAUAUUAAUAAUUUAUGAUGAAAAAGAAUUUAUGUGUUGUUUGUACCUAAUUUUUCAUUAGGAUUCAUCAAGAAAGAACACUUGCGUUGUUUGAUGUAUUUUAAUAUUAUACCUACAGCAGUGAAAAGGAUCCUUUAAUUAGUCUUGCACACAAAUAUAUCCGUUUCGUUCUUUUCGGUUAGUGAAAAUAGCCUCACAAAUAAAUUUUCGAUACCAAAAUUAGCAUAAUUUUCGAUGUACGCAAAAACGAUUCUCCGUCUAUCGGAUUUUACAAUUUUUAAGUUACAUUAAUAUACAAUUUGUACUAAUAUUAAAUAAAUAUUUCAAAACUA